AUGUAUCGCCCAUCAACAGCAUGGGCUCUCGCCAUCCUCACCUACGUGACCGGCACCCUCGCUGAAGACGCCUCAGCAAACUACACCGAACAACUCCUAUCCUCCGGCACCAUCAAACUCGGCGCAUGGCAAGAAGCCUACGAUAAAGCCUCCGCCCUCGUCUCGACCCUGACAACCGCCGAAAAGAUCUCCAUCGCAGCCGGCGGCGACGGCGGCAACUUCACGGCCCUCAACAACCUUGACUCCGCCACAAACCCCCUCACAUACUUCUACGUCACCACCUGGCCCGCCGGCCUCGCCAUGGCCAUGACAUGGGACACCGCCGCCGCCGAGGGCCAGGGCCGCGGCGUGGGGGUGGAGUUCAGGGGGAAGGGCAUCAACAUGGCCUACGGCCCGACCCUCGAGCCCCUGGGCCGUUCGGCGUGGGGGGGCCGGACGGGCGAGACGUACGGCGUGGAUAGUUAUCAGGCGGGCAUCAUGGGCGGAGCGGUGGUAAAGGGGAUGUCGAGUGCUGGUGUGGUUGCUAGCGCGAAGCACUUCAUCAUGAACGAGCAGGAGACGAAUCGGAUGGGCUCCGGUGGUGGUAUGGGAGGCGGCGGCGGCGGUGCUGCUCCUCCCGGUGCUGGCGGCGGUGCCAACUCGACCCUGACGAGACGUCAGACCAACGGCACGACCACCGCAAACUCCACAUCCUCAGACGACUCUGGCGCGUACACCGUCACCAUCGGCGACAAGGCCUUCCACGAGACCUACCUCUGGCCCUUCUACGACACCGUCCGCGCCGGCAUGGGCGGCGCCAUGUGCGCCAUGAACAAGGUCAACGGCACCUACUCCUGCGAAUCCCAAUCCCUCCUCGCCAAAUACCUCAAGGUAGAACUCGGCUUCCCCGGCAUCGUCCACGCCGACGUCUCCGCCCAGAAGACCGGCAUCAACGCCGCCAACGCCGGCAUGGACCUCGCCUCGUCCCAGUACUUCUCCAACGCCACCCUCGGCGCCGGCCUCCUCAACGGCUCCUUCACCGCCGAGCGCCUCGACGACAUGGCCGUCCGCAACAUGAUGGGCUACUUCCACCUCGGCCAGGACGCGGGCUACCCCGCCAAGGCCGGCGUGACGGACCGCGUCGACAACCGCGGGAACCACAGCGCCCUCGCACGGCAGUACGCCGCGGAGUCCAUCGCCCUGCUCAAGAAUACCAACGGGGCGUUGCCGCUGCUGAACAAGACGAGUAUCAGCAUCUUCGGGACGCACGCGGGCCCGCGCUACGUCGGCGCCAACACCGCCCUCGGCGUCUACGACGGCGAGCCGUCCACGAUGCAGGGCCACAUGGCCGUCGUCGGCGGCUCCGCCAUGGGUUCCCUCUCGCACCUCACUACCCCGCUGCAGCUCUUCAACCAGCGCGCCGCGGCCGACGGCUUCAUGCUGCGCUGGUGGCUCAACGACACCUCCACCGCCACCUCCAGCGGGAUGAAGGGCUCCGGCACGGAGCUGACCGAGUCCACGACGGGCGUGGCCGACCUGUCCGACGCGUGCGUGGUGUUUCUCAACGCGUGGGGCGGCGAGGGCGCGGACCGCGAGGAGCUGGCGAACGCGGAGCAGGACGCGCUGGUGCUCACGGUGGCAGACGUCUGCAACAACACCAUCGUGGUGAUCAACACCAUCGGCCCGCGCCUGGUCGACGCCUGGAUCGAGCACGAGAACGUCACGGGGGUGUUAUACGGCGGCGCGCUGGGCCAGGAAUCCGGCAACGCGAUCGACGACGUCCUCUUCGGGACUGUGAACCCCUCGGGCCGCCUCGUGCACACGAUCGCCAAGAACGAGAGCGACUACAACCCCGCCACCAUCAUCAGCGAGACGGCUCUCGACCUGGACUUCUCCGACGGGAACGACGUCGACUACAAGUACUUCGACCGCUACAACGUCACCCCGCGCUACGAGUACGGCUACGGCCUCUCCUACACGACCUUCGCAUACGCCGAGACCCUCGCCGUCUCGGCCGCGAACCUGACGAGCGGGUUCGCGAGUGGGGACCGGAGCGUCGGCGGGCGCGCGGACCUGUGGGACGUGGUCGCGACGGCGUCCACGACGAUCUCCAACACGGGGUCCGUCGCGGGCGCCGAGGUCGCGCAGCUGUACGUCGCCUUCCCCGCCGCCGCGGGCGAGCCGGUGAGGCAGCUGCGCGGGUUCCAGAAGGUGCGGAUCGAGCCCGGGGAGAGCGCCGACGUGGCGUUCCCGCUGAGACGGAGGGAUCUGAGCGUGUGGGACGUCGAGGGCCAGGAGUGGAAGGUCGAGAGCGGGGAGUAUGUGUUGUUUGUCGGCGCGAGUAGUCGGGACUUUAGGGCGCAGACGACGUUGACUGUUGUUUGA